UUUACAGCCUGACGAAAUAUGGGUGAAACGAAAGUUGAAUCUGACGUGUCCUACGGUUGAUCGCUAAUAUUAGUGGCUCGGGGAUCGUUCACGGCACAUUUAUACCGCAACGUAGGAAAGUUCAGCAAACUCCCCGAGCUUCCAAAACAGAAUCAGACAUUCAGAUAUUACGAUGCGUAACAGACAAAGGGGAACCAACCUCGGCCUUUUCCUCCUGGCCUCUCAAGUUUUCCAGCUGGGAAUAGACAACAUUCCACCCGUCACUCUUGCGACGCUGGGCCUCAAUGUCUAUUUGUUCCUGUUUCCUUUAAAACCCCUCCUCGAGACGUGUUUGAGUGUUCGAGAGGCGUACUGGUACAGAGACUGGAGCCGUCUGCUGCUGUCACCGUUUCACCAUGUUGACGACAUGCACCUUUACUUCAACAUGGCUUCGCUGCUUUGGAAAGGCAUCAGGUUGGAGAAGAAACUGGGAGGCCCGUGGUUUGCCUAUCUGCUGUCCGUCUUCUCUCUGCUCACCGGAUUUGUGUACCUGCUGCUGGAAACAGGACUGACACAUAUGACAGAAGACUCCUCGUAUAGUCUACAGUGCGCUGUGGGCUUCUCAGGUGUUCUGUUUGGGCUGAAGGUGGUGAAUAAUCAUUAUCAUCCAGGCGGAGCCACAAAUAUCAUGGGUUUGCCUAUAGCCAAUCGCUACGCCUGCUGGGUGGAGCUCGUUCUCAUUCAUAUCAUGAACCCUGGGACAUCAUUUGUCGGACAUUUGUCGGGGAUCCUAGUCGGACUGCUCUACACGACUGGACCACUAAAGAAACUCAUGGAAGUCUGUGCAGGCUUUGUCACAUCUAAUGGGCAUUAUGGAAGGCAGACAUACUACAAUUCAUCAGGAUACAGUGGAUAUGGCAUGCCGUAUCCUCCUAACACAAAUUAUGGACAGCAGAACUAUGGCGCCCCCUAUAGACAGCAGUUCAACACAAAUUCUGCGCACACUCCCACUGCGCCACCCCAGCAUCCUUACUCAGCAGGAAUGUCAGAAGAACAGCAGUAUGAAGCCGCUCUCAAAGCCAGCCUAAACGACAGAGGUGGUCAUACACAAGCUAGAUCAUCACAUGGCCCCCACAUCCCCUCUAACCCACCGCCUGAAGAGAUCCGCUGGAGACGAAUCCAGAGAUUUGACCGCUGAGCACUGUUUACAUGAAAUACAGCACUAAACAACCAGAGAUACGAAGAGGAUUACUCCACUGCUGUUUGGAUGUGACAUUGAAGUGAUUUAAUGACAUCAUCACUGAAUCCGCUGUUAUAAGUGGGAGGUAGUUUUUAAAAAUUUUCUAUUUUUACUCCAAAUGCAUGUAUUAAAGGUAAAAUCUGCACAUUAACGAAGUGUUCAUCUAUCACAUAGUUAUAAGAAAGUGGCCGUGUGACUAAGUUUUACAAUAAUUCUUUAAAAAAUAAUUUCUAGCUUGGUUAUUUGCAAACAACACGUUGUACUAUGUAACAUAUGCUUUGUUUCAUUGUAAAUAGAUGUAUAUUUUUGUAAUGAAUGAAUAAAAACAUCAACUAUUUUGUUUCUGACAA